CCCACACUCUGGCUGCUUACCCUUCCUCUUGCUCCUUGACUAUCCUCAUCACCAUCUGCGCCCAUAACAAGCAAGCAGGAUGGACAGCCUCGACUUGCCCACCCAUCAGCUGAUCCUCGACGGACUUGCCUCCAACUUAGCGGAUAGCAUCCUAGCCAAUGACGUCGACCACGUCAAGCCUGAACACCUCUCUGCCCUCACCUCCUCAGCCUCCGCAUCUUCCUCCAAAGCUAGCAAGCUCACUGGAGGAUCAGGCCACUACCUCUCGAUCAACGCGGCUCACUCCCUCAUCAGCCUGUCGCGCUUCCUUUCGUCCAUCUCCUCUGCCGUCAACCCAGUGACGGAGCGUGGUCGCGUCAAUGACCAGGAGCACCUCAUACCAGUGCUCAACGAUGUGAUCAAUGCCACCAAGAGCUUGACUGCGACGGACGUCGAAGCGCUGGUUGGACUCGCCAACGAGUGGCCUUUGGCUGACCGCCUUGCCGGUGCACUCGUCGAGUCGCUGCUCAAGACGGCGGGUAAUGCGCCGCAGCAUAGAGCAAAGUGCUUUGAUGCCAUUGUUGUGCUGGCAGAAAACCUCUCAGCCGGUCUCGGUGCCUCCUCCGGUGAUGCUCACAUCGUCGUCACUCGCCUCGUCCCCAUGCUGCACGGUCUUUAUCGAGCUCUUUCCUCGACGACUUUCAAGUGGACCCUUCCCGAGUUCGCCCGCCUGGUCACCGCCCUCACUCCGGUUACGGGUACCUCGCAGACGGUACAGCGUCUCAACCACGUCCUCCUCGUCCUGCCUGAGCAGCAGGCCGCUCUCGCUCAGGGCACUCGCGCUACCCGUCGCAAGCCUAAAGAGGCAACUAUUCGACGUCGUGAUGAGGAAGAGGACGAUGAGGACGAUGGUCGAUCGCACGGUAGUACCGAGACAUUUUUCUCGGGAGACGAAGGCGAUGAUAUCGUUGACGAAGUGCUCAAUGGCGGCUUCACCUACACACAAGGACAGGACGUCAUGGGCGACGAAUCAUUCGACUACCGCUACGCCCUCCUCUCCCACUAUAAGCGCCUUGGCCGACCUCUCUCGGGUCACUUUGUGCUCUGCAGCGCUCUCGAGAUCUUGGGCUCGGUCCUCUCGCAGACUCUGGCAAGCCAUGCUCGCGCCCCUGAAGAUCUCGAUGCCAAUCUGCAGCCUCAACAGAAUGGCACAGCACAGAAUGGCGACCAGCCGCAGCAGCCUGCUCCUCCUCACAUCGACACCAUCGAUGCCGCUGUCGACAAUGUCAGCCCAGGCACAACGAGCCAAUUGCCCACGCAGCGCGCCUGGCAGAAGCUGUAUCGCCAUGCUGUCACCCUUGACAGCACCGACAAAGCCUCACUCGCCGCCGCCAACGGCUCUGCGAACGGUAAUGGCAGUGGCUUCCUCUCCUCCCUUGUUGGCGGCAAUAAGUCUGCUGCCUUUGGAUCUGACGGGGUCAGCCUAACGGGCAACACCCAAGGUGUGGCAGCCUCGCUCCACCUAGCCAGCCGCGCCUACCACGAUGUGCAGCGCUUCAUCGAGAAGGAAGGCCGCAAGAAUGGCCAGCUCUUCAACGAUGUCUACUCCCUUGAGAUCCUCAGCGAGGCACUCAAGCUAGGCGCGCUGUCCUCCAUCGCCUUGUCUCGCGUCAAUAACUCCGCGCUAGACGCCCACACCCUCGUCCGCAUUCGUGCCCUGUUGAGCGAGUCAGCGAUCAUCAUCGAUCCCAUCCUCCAAGGGGCGGCACUUCAAAGUGCUGGUGUACUGGUCCGCAAUUUCCCUUCCAUUGUCGGGCCUCUCAGCACGCAGCUCAGGCGCUUCGUCGUCUCGCCGCAGGCCAUGUUCAUCUCGGACGGGACGGACAUCUCGCCUGUCCUCGAUUCUGCGGCCAAGUGCCUCGCCAACUGCGUCACCAUCGCACCAGGCGAUGACCUGGCUGUCUCGACGAUGUAUGCGCUGCUCAACCACAUUGGGCGAGAGUCCAACGGCAGUGCCGGUGCUGGUGGUCUCGCGGCCAGCGGCAUGUCCGUACGCUCUGGUCUUUCGAAGGCCGUCACGGGCAGGGACUUUUCGAUGGGAAAGUCGCAUUCUCAGGCACUCUUUGCGCAACGUAAUGAGGAGGAGAAGCGUAUCAUCCACCUUAGCAUCGUGACAAUCGUGUCACGCCUGGCGCUCGAAAUCAAUCGGCCCGACGUCACGGGACUGGCCAUCUCGAUGCUUCUGCAACGUCUUCGCACCGCAGACGCAGAAGCAGAGGCUGCCAUCCUCAACAAUUUGGUACCCCUCGCACUCGCUGGACACAAGUCCACCUUUGUCGACGUCAUUCGCGCCCUCACACAGGUCUCUCGUAGUGCCAUCAGCGGUGGGGCGAACAGGCGAACAGGUCUUCCGAUCCAGCUCGCCCAGCUGCGUCUCGCCCAAGGCUUGGGAGCUCUGCGCGAGGAGGACGACCGAAUCGACAGCGAAGAGGAAGCUGGUCUGGACACCGAAGAAGACCGCUUUGGCUCCAUUGGCCGCAAGGAGCUCUACCUGGUGGAGCUGCUGCAACUCUUCUCGGAGAAGGGUCUCGCCCUCCAAGCUUCAGCCUCUUCGUCGAGCAAGGGAGAACAGAGCGAGCUCGCGACCGACCUGGCCAGCCUGCUACCCCCCAUCGCCGCCCUCCUCUCGCACGACGACAUCAAUCCUCACCUUGAGCCGAGCAUUGAGAUGGUCUCACUCUUCCGCAACAUGUGGUUCCUGUGCGUCAUCUUCAACUUGGCCAACAAGGCUGGCCGAGGCAGCAGCUCCGUUGUCGCAGGCGACGAUGCCGUCGCAGACUCGCUGAGUAUCAUCUCGCUCAAGACCCCGACUCUCGUGCCUGAGACGUCCGUCAACUACCUGGAGAGCGACCUGCAGUACAACUCGGUUCUGAAGCGCGACUUCUCCUCCUCAGCGCUCGACAGCCAGCGCAAGCUCCUCGACAGCGUGAUCCCGAACCACAGCAGCGAGAUUCGCUCGUUCGGCUUCCCGCAAGUCAUCUUCCUUGCCACCAUCUACCACCUCGAAUGCACCCGUUCUGCCAUGGGACGCCCCUCGAUGAUCUUGUGGUACUUUGUCAAUCAGGGACUCAACAAGUCAAGUCUCGUUGGCUCAAUGGACGCAAUCGCAGACAGAGUCAUUGCAAGCUUCAUCGACGACCUCUCCAGUCGCGUCAACAAGCACACCGUCGACCCGCGCGUCUCAGCAGAAGUCAAGAACCUCCUGCUUGGCAGCUGCCACCGCGUCGAAAAGGUCCGAGCUGUCUCUCGCCGCUUCCUCGAUCGACUGGUCAACGUUUUCCCCAGCCUCAUCUGCGAUCAGGACGUCGUCUUUGCGCUGCUCGAGAUCCUCACCUUGCUCCGCCGAGCCUGCGAGGGCCAGUAUCGCGAUGAGUUCUCGCCCGUGUACCACUUUCACUCGGAGAGGGCGAAGCUGGCAUUUGAGCUCUCUGACUCAUACACACAGCGAGAGGAGAUCUUGUCGGGCUUCUACACAAGGGCAAAGUCGUACCUCGGCCUUUCAUUGGGCCGUGCGCCCGUCGAGCUGCAAGGCAUCCUACAGCGCUACCUCGCCGCCUUCGACGACGAUGUGCUGCCCGGUACAGCUGAGCUGGGCAAGAGUCUGGCACUCGAUUACGCGCGUGCUCUUCCUGCCUCGGGAGUGUCCGACUACCACCUGCCCGCGCUUGGUGGCUGGCGUUCAGACCUGUCAAGCUCCUUUGUUGGCGAGCUGACGUCCAAGUCGACCUACCAGGGAGAGAUGACGGGCAUCCACCUCGCCCUGACCAAGACGAUGGUGGAACUGAAGAAGGAUCCGCGCGUCGGCUUCUCACAUCAGAGCGUGGAAAGCUGCAAAGAGGAGAUGCGCAAGGCCAGCGAGGCCUUAACUGCUGGCCACGCUCACGCCCAUGCUGCAGACGGCAAGGCGCACCACGGCCCACUGCCCUUCGCAGAGCUGCGUCGCCUCCUCUACCGUUCUGCGGCGCUCGUCGUCUCUCUGCCGCACGCCGACUUCGACCUCCUCCACCACAUCGUCGCCCUACCCAUCCGCGCCUUCACUCCGCAAGCGAUCACGGUUGCUAGUCACGUCUGGACCUGGAUCAUCGGGGAGCGUCCACUCUUCGAGACGAAGAUCAUGGUUGAGCUCUCCAUCGGCUGGGCGGCCACGGUCAAAGCCAAGCGCGGCCUCUUCCAAGAUGACUUCACCAGCAAACACGCACUGAUCCAGAAGACGGAGAUGUCCGCUUCUGAUCGUGCGGAGUUCGUCAGGGAGGGGGAGAAGGCCAACCGAUUGUUCAUGCCGCAUCUGACCCUUGUGCAGCUCAUGAGUAGCCGAUUCCAGGCGUUCAGAUAUCGAGACCCCACAAUGGUUCUUGCUCUGGUUAGGAUGUUGCAGCGCAGUGCGGCGGCUACGGAUCAUAUGAGCGCGCACCCGUUGGCGAGGCAAGCCUUCUUUUCUCUGGUGCUGUUUGGCUUCCAACUGGUGCAGGGGUCACAGCUGGACGGGCUCGUGGAGUACAAGCUUCGUACGGCUCUCUACGGUAUGGCCUUCCAUUGGUUCGCGCACAGCCCGCAAUUCAGCCACGGCUCGAACAGGCUGCAGAGCGCUGCCGAGAUGCAACUGCUCAGGGAUCUGCUGGCUACAGUCAAGGCCGACAGCGUGCGAUCCAAAUCGAUCACCACGUCGUACAUUGGCGUCACAGCAUCUGCCAUUCGCCUGCCUGGCUACCUCACCCUGCAAGAAGCUCAGCGCGAAGCCGACGACCGUCGUGCGGUCCUGACCCUCUUCCUCGAAGACGAGCUGCGUCGUCUCAGCGUCUGGCAGAACCCGCUCGAAGACCCAACGCGCGGCAGCGACUACUCAGGUGACAUGGCUCGCACGAUGAACGAUGCCAAGUGGGAGGCGACGGUACUCGCUGCCUGGAAGAUCAAGCCCGCUCUUGUCGCCCAGCUUCCUGUCCGUUUCAAGGCCGCUACGGUCCGUCGCGAGGCCGGCAAGCUGGUUCGCGCCGAGCCGCACAAGGUGUACAAGACGGGCGACGCCCUCAAUCUCUUGACCGAGGACCACCUUCGCCUCGCUCUCCGCGAGCAGACGGACCUGCGCUGGCUCCUCUACUGGGGCUCAGUCUCCCCCAUUGACGCCAUCUGCCUCUUCCAGCCAGUGUACGGCAACAACCCCAUGCUGCUGCAGUACGCCAUGCGCACUCUCGAGCACCAUCCCGUCGACCUCACCUUCUUCUACGUCCCGCAAGUGGUCCAGGCUCUCCGUGACGACCAGUACGGGUACGUCGAGCAGUUCAUCUUUGAGACGUCAAAAGUCUCGCAGUUGUUCUGCCACCAGAUUCUGUGGAACAUGAAGGCCAACUCGUACCAAGACGAUGAUGGCGAGGUGCCUGACCCGAUGAAGCCUACGCUGGACCGCAUGACGGAGCUGAUCGUCGAGGCGUUGGAUGGGGAGGCGCAGGACUUCUACGACAGGGAGUUUGGCUUCUUCAAUGAGGUGACGAGCAUCUCGGGCAAGCUGAAGCCCUACAUCAAGAAGAGCAAGCCCGAGAAGAAGGCUAAGAUCGACGAGGAGAUGGCUGCCAUCAAGGUCGACCCGGGAGUGUACCUGCCCUCCAAUCCCGAUGGUGUUGUUGUGGACUUGGACCGUAAGUCCGGUCGCCCGCUCCAGUCUCACGCAAAGGCGCCGUUCAUGGCCACAUUCAAGGUGCACCGCGACGUCACGACUGAGGACCCGGAAUCGGGCGAGGAGACGACGAAGGGCGUAGACGUCUGGCAGGGGGCCAUCUUCAAGGUCGGAGACGACUGUCGUCAGGACGUGCUCGCGCUUCAAGUCAUGGCCAUGCUCAAGAACAUCUACACUGCCGUAGGUCUGGACGCCUACCUCUACCCUUACCGCGUAACUGCUACGGGGCCCGGCUGUGGUGUCAUCGACGUCGUAGCGAACGCCACAUCCCGUGACGAGAUGGGACGCAGCAAGAUCAACUCGCUCCUCGACUUCUUCGUGGGCCGCUUUGGCAACGUGGACUCAAUUCCAUUCCAGCGUGCCCGACUGAACUUCAUCCAGUCCAUGGCUGCCUACUCUAUCGCCUGCCACGUCAUGCAGUGCCGAGACAGGCACAACGGUAACAUUAUGAUCCAGAAUGACACGGGUCACCUGGUGCACAUCGACUUUGGUUUCCUCUUCGACAUUGGACCCGGUGGAAUGCACUUUGAGCCUUACAGCUUCAAGCUGACUGCCGAAUUCAUCGAGGUCAUGGGCGGCAUUGACUCGCAGGGAUACAAGCUCUUCUCUGAGCUCGUGGUCAAGGCAUUCCUUGCUGCUAGGCCGUACGUGGACGAGAUUGUUGGCGUGUGCGACCUCAUGAAGCACACGGGCCUGCCGUCGUACACGGACGGUAACACGAUGAAACGAUUCAGAAGUAGGUUUGUGCCGGAGAUGGAUGAGAGGCAGGCAGCUAGACAUGCUGUGGGGCUCAUCAACGAUGCUAGCAAGAACAUCAGGAGUAUUGUCUACGAUGGGAUCCAGAAGGCGCAGAACGGGAUUCCCUUCAAGUGAGCGGACGCGCGGCGCACACAAUCAUUUGCUUCGUAAUGGUUUCUUCUUUUCUUCUCUGUGG